AUGGCGGAAGCUCUUGGAGCGCUCUUACAGGCGAGCUUGGAUCCCCGUCAAAACAAGGAAGCCGAGAAUGCUUUACGCCAGGAAGAACAGAAACCCGGAUUCUCCCUCCAGCUCCUUCAAAUCACUGCGUCGGACGCCACUCCUCAGCACAUUCGCCUGGCCAGCGCCUUGUGCUUCAAGAACUUUGUGAGGCGUAACUGGACCAACGAGGAUGGAAACUACAAGCUGCCACUGGAUGAGGUUGCGACCAUCAAGCGCGAGCUGAUCAACUUGAUGAUUUCGAUGCCUCCAGCGAUCCAGACGCAGCUGGGAGAAGCCGUCAGCGUGAUUGCCGACAGUGACUUCUGGGAGCGCUGGGACACACUUGUGGAUGACCUUGUUUCGAAAUUGACCCCGGACAACCCUACUGUCAACAUCGGUGUCCUGCAGGUUGCGCAUUCAAUUUUCAAAAGAUGGCGUCCGCUCUUUCAAUCCAACGAGCUUUAUAAGGAGAUCAACCAUGUUUUAGAGAAGUUCGGUACCCCGUUCUUGUCCCUAUUUGCAACAUUGGACAACUACCUUGAGCAAAAUAAAACCAACAAGGAGAACCUUGCACAGGGUUACAAUCAACUCAACUUGAUGAUCAAGCUGUUCUACGACCUCUCCUGCCAUGACCUUCCCCCAAUGUUCGAAGAUAACAUUGCCGACAUCGCCCAGAUUCUGCUCAAGUAUCUGACCUACGACAAUCAAUUGUUGCACACCGAUGAUGAUACAGAGGCCGGCCCGUUGGAGUAUGUUCGUGCUGGCAUUUUCGAAGGCUUGACUCUCUAUGUUCAGAAAUUCCUGGAUGCAUUUGGGCCCCAUGUUGGGCAGUUCAUCCAGAGUUCUUGGAACUUCUUGACCACUAUCGGCCAGGAGACCAAAUAUGAUAUUCUGGUGAGCCGAGCUCUGCAUUUCCUGACCUCGGUCGCGAGCAUGCCUGAACAUGCUGUUGCAUUCCAGGCCGACGAGACAUUAGGCCAGAUUAUCGAGAAGGUGAUCCUGCCGAAUGUGAGUCUGCGUGAAUCAGAUGAGGAGCUAUUUGAAGAUGAACCCAUCGAGUUUAUUCGCCGGGAUCUGGAGGGAUCUGAUAGCGAGACCAGACGGCGCGCUGCAACGGACUUCCUUCGCCGGCUGACGGAGAAGUUUGAAGAAUCAGUGACUAAGGUGACGCUCAAGUAUACUGAGCAUUAUCUGGCCGAGUAUGCCAAGGAUCCUGUGUCAAACUGGAAAUCCAAGGAUACUGCCACUUAUCUCUAUUCCGCGAUCGCUGCCAAGGGUGUGGCCACCUCUACUCAUGGCGUCACCGCUACCAACAGCCUGGUCAGCAUAACGGAUUUCUUCCAGCAGCACCUGGCUGCGGACCUCGUCUCCGAUGACGGGGUUCACCCAAUUUUGAAGGUCGAUGCGAUCAAGUACUUGUACACUUUCCGCAGCAUCAUUACAAAGGAGCAAUGGCAGCAAGUACUUCCUGUUCUAGUGAAGCAUUUGGCUUCUUCCAACUACGUUGUGUACACAUAUGCUGCAAUUGCUGUUGAGCGGGCGCUCUUCCUCAGUGAUGGCCAGGGUCAACCCGUUAUUUCCCCGUCUGAAAUUACACCACUCGCCAAGGACCUUCUGGAGCACAUUUUCCAGCUAAUUCAAAAGGAUCCUGCUCCUGAGAAAAUCCAGGAAAACGAAUUCUUAAUGCGCUGUGUCAUGCGUGUCCUGAUCGUUAUUCGCGAGGGCGUGGUUCCCUUCACAGAUGUUGUCUUGCAACGCUUCAUCACUAUCACCGACAUCAUCAGGCAAAACCCCAGCAACCCAAGGUUUUACUACUUCCACUUUGAGGCCAUGGGUGCUUUCAUCCGAUAUGCUGCUCCCGCCAACCCCGACAAGCUCGAGCAGGCUCUUUACACGCCAUUUGCUGGAAUCCUGCAGAACGAUGUGCAAGAAUUCAUGCCAUAUGUAUUCCAGCUUUUCGCCGCGCUUCUCGAAGCCAACCCCUCGGCAACCCUCCCUACGUAUUACCAGGAGCUGAUCGCUCCUAUUCUGAUGCCUGUCAUGUGGGAAUCAAGAGGAAAUAUCCCGGCACUCGUCCGAUUGCUUUCCUCAAUCAUCCCUCGAGGCUCCCAGUACAUCCUCGAGAACAACCAGAUUGAGCCUAUUCUGGGCAUUUUCCAGAAACUCGUCUCAACCAAGAGUAAUGAGGGCUAUGCUUUUGACUUGCUAGAGACAGUUGUUGCAACCUUCCCACCGACUGCCCUGGAGCAAUAUUUUGUUCUCAUAAUGCAAAUUAUCAUGCAACGCCUGCAGAACUCCAAGACCGAGAAUCUGGGAAUUCGAUUUGUCCGCUUCUACCAUUUUGUCACUGCGCAUGACGACAAGGGAUACAGUCCCGAUUUCAUUAUGCAGGUGACGGAGAAGGUGCAACAGAACCUUUUCACCCCUGUCUACCUUAAUGUCAUUCUUCAGGAUACCCAGAAGCUGGCGCGUCCCCUGGACCGCAAGACCGCUGUGAUCUCCUUGACUAAGACCCUCGCCAACUCAGACGCCUUCGCCACGCGGUAUGCCAAGGGCUGGGGCUUCACCUGCAACACCCUGUUGAAGCUUCUCGAGUUGCCCCCGGAUGUGGUGCACAAGGACGACAUCAUGGCCGAGGUUGAUGUCGAAGAAAUGUCUUUCGGAGUUGGCUUCACGCCGCUCAAUACCAUCCGGGCGCAUCCUAAGGACCCAUGGCCAGAAACCGGCGUAGACCUCAAGGCCUGGGUUGGCUCUUACCUAAAGGAUGCGGACAAGAAGCACAACGGACGGAUUUCCCAGUUUGCCCAGGAACGUUUGGAUGACCAAGCCAAAACCGUGCUAGGCAGCUAUAUCUCCUAA